GGGGCCGAGGCGCGCUGCUACAGGAGCCCACGGGUUCCAUUUCUCUUCGUGGAAUUUCGCGCGUCUGCGGUCAAUCUCCUGAAUAAUUCCAUCAUUUGCCCUCUUAAUUUACACGCGUUCUACGCGUUGUCCUGCGAAAUGAACGUCUUUUGAUUUAUUUCAUCAAUGAGGAGGCUGGUACUGGAGAUCUGGCGUGUAGCGUCACGGGCGGUGUUUCAUUCCACACAGAUCGCAUGUUGAUCACGAAGCUGCUUGAUCCGGAGCUCCGCUGCGAGACGUGGCAGAUUAUAUCAUUUUAAGGCCUUUUUUGAAAGGAUGCAGAUGUAACCGUUUUAUCUGGUGUACUGGAAGCAGGAUGUCAUUCUACGCCGUCGUUAUACUGGUCCUUUAUAUUAUUUUCUCUGUUUGGCAGGUGAGUGCAGAUGAGGACUGCUUGUGGUACGUGGACAAAAAUGGCACCUGGCACAAUGGCUUUGACUGCCUGCCCAAAACCUUCUGCUGUGGGAACUGUCACCGCCGUUACUGCUGCCUGGAUGGCUUCAAGAUGAUCACCGAGGCGGGACAGAAGCGCUGCAUGCUUUUCCAUCUCAGCCCUUCUACUAUAGCUGGCAUUGCUUCAUCGAUCCUGCUCUUUGUGGCUGCUAUAGCAACUAUGGUCUGUUGCUUCAUGUGUUCCUGCUGUUAUCUGUACCAGCGCCAACGUGGCAGAACUCCUUAUGAAGUCCAGCAUAUUCCAAUGGCCAGCUAUCCUGUGGAGCACAUGUACGAUGCUUCUGGUAAACCCAUUGGACAUCCAGAUUAUCCUGGGUAUCCAAUGGUGCCACAAUAUCCAGGUGUCCCCCACCAUUAUCCUAUGAUGCCCCAGGGUCCUUAUCAUCCCAAUCCUCCCGACGCAGGAUACAGUCAAGCAGCUCCUCCACCAUAUUCCCCUCCACAGUACCCAGGGCACUGAAAGAGCUGAAGUCCCUCAGCCAGGAGAAGAUAACCUAUAGAAUGGGUGAUGAUGAAGAGGGCCCAUGCUUGUAUGGAAUCCUUUGUAUGAGAAACCAUUUAAAAUUAAUUUCUGUUAUUUAUUUCUUGAUUAAUUUGUGGAGUGAAGCAUGAACUGACCUCAGAAUCACCUCACGCGUUGGAAGUGUUUUCUUGUUUGAUGUACAGCUUUCAUCUGUCACUAAUCAUUGAGACUCCUCCCACUUUAAUCCAGCAACUCACAGACUCAAAAGACUGCUUUAAAUGUGCCACUAUGUUUUGUCAAACUCUCCGAAAUGGACUGUUAAAGAUGAUCUUCCUGCAGAAGAGACUGACUGCCAGUUCUGACUCAUCCAGGAUCUCGUUUUCUGUUCAACCAAAUAAGAAGAAACUUGUGUCAUUUACACUUUAUUCUGCAAUAGAAAUGCUUAGCUGUC